AUGAAGAAUAAAGAGUGUCCAAGAUCCGAGAGCUUUUUAGCAUCCGAAAUGGCGUUGCGGCUUGCACCAACUCUUGUCCAAUCUGUUGAUGAAGCGGCGAGUGAUACACUGAUUUUGGGUCACAGCUUUCAAGCCGGGGGGAGUCUUUGUCACCGUUUAAGUGGUGGUAAAUUUUAG